AUGGGCUCCCGGCUGAGCCGGCGGAGCGGCGCGGAGGCGACGGCCGUCCCCGCCCGCUCCCGGCGGUCCCUCCGCGGCAGGAGCCGCCCGGAGGAGCGGCCGCGGCGCCCCGGCCCGGACUGCCGGCUGCUGCUCGACGCGGAGAAGCUGCCGGCGGGGCCGCGCAAGAGCCGCCCGGCGGCGCCCUACGUGCGGCGGGUGGGCUGGCUCCGCGAGAUCCAGGCCACCCUCCGCGAGCGCCGGCACGAGCGGGCGGGGCAGCUCCUGCGGCUGCUGCGGAAGGACCUUGGCCUGGAGGGGACAUUCCUCAAUGACGUGCUCUACAAGAAGGCCACCUUCCUCAACCUGGUGGACCCCAUCUCCCACGACCUCCUGAUGACCCUGGCCAGAGACCUGGAGUGCCCCAAAAAGGAAUACGAUCCGUGGAAAUCCUCCGACCGGAUCUGCCGGCAGCUGAUCUACCACUUGACUCCACAUUCCAAAUGGCAUCGGUCUGGGCUGCCCCAUCGCAAUUCCCACAGCAGCCUGAAGUGGAGCCUGUACAAGAAGCCCAGCCAAGACGCCGUCGAUCUCUCUGGGGUCCCUCUCUCCACACGUGACAUCCAGCAUCUGGCCAGCUACCUGCAGAACAGCGGUGACCACCUUUUCACCAUAGACCUGAGUUUCACCGACCUGAAGGAUGAGGAGAUGUGCUUCCUGAUGCCUUUCCUGUGGUCGUUGCCCAGCCUCACCCACCUCUCCCUUAAUGGGAACCACCUGACCCAAGCCACUGUGAAGGACCUCACCGACGCCAUGAAGGACAUGGCUAAGUUCCCCUCCUUAGCCUGGAUCGAUCUGGGCAACAACGUGGACGUCUCCUCCAUGCCGCAGCCUCUGCUUGUUGGCCUGCGGAAGCGGCUCAGCCAGCAGACCACCCUGCCCACCAUUUAUGAGUCCUUGGACUGCGCUUCUGAGGCAUCCAGUGGGCCUGAGACCAGCUUGCUGGAGGAGGAGGAGGAGGAGGAGGGGGAGGAGGAGGAGGAGUUGUUGCUGCAAGGGGAAGAGAAUAUCCCGCCAGUGGCCAAGCGCCACUUCCGCCAACAGUCAUGUGAAAGAUGACUGGACAUGGAGGUGUCCUCUGGAAGACUAAAGCCACGCCUGUGGAAGCUCUGAUGGAAGAGAGGCCGCACCAGGCCUCAUCCGCCCACUUCCUUGAGCCUUUCCAAUCCUGACUUGGUCCCCUUGCCCCAUCCUCUUCCUCCUAGUCGGGCUUUCUCAAAUGCACCAAACCAGGCUAGUCACUUACCAUGAUGCCGCAAACCUGGCGAGCUAGAGAAAAGGAGACCAUCUGGAGAUGCAGGUGGGCAAUUGCUGUUGUGGGGAGGCGCAUGGAGCAAGCCCCAGAGCCAUCCUUUCCCAGAUGUGCCGGGUCCACAGGUCCAGAGAGCCGUGUGACAGUGGCAUGGAAAGACUGGAUGGGGGCCGAGACGGCACCAGGAUGGCACAGCCUGCCUCCUCCCCCUCUUCCCCUCCGAACAAAGGGUGGCGGAAUGUGAGGCAUGCGGUAUCUGCAGCCCAGACAUGUGACCGGUGGCACUGCAGGGAUCGAGGGGAGCUGAAGUGGGUUGCACAGGUGUUUGUUGGGGGGGGGCUGUUUGGAGCAUCCCUUUCCCCACUAGUGUUUCUGCUCUUUGGGCUGCUUCGUGGACGUCUGCAUUCCAACGCCUCAGGGCUUUCUGGUCUCAGUCAGGCAGUGAUGGGGGCCCUGCCUUAGGCCCAGGAUGAAACAGUAACCUGGGCAAGUCCAAUUCAGCAGAAAAACCUUGUAGUGUGUGAUAGUAAAUGACUUUCCUGGAGAGGAUGAAAACAUUGGUCAGCACUUCGUUGGGCAAUCAUGGGGAGUUGCAGAAGCAUCGUGCUCUCUGGAGACACCUGUUGAGAUGUUCCUGACCUGUUUCUUCAUAAUGGGGGUUCCCCUGCUUUGCCACCACUUGUCAUUUCCCUCAGAAGGAAGAAUGUGCACAUUUUCAGCUGUGCCUCAUGGCCAGGGGGGCUGGAGUGCUUUUCUCAUCGUCCAAUACAGAGAUGCUUGUAUUUAAUGUCCCUGGCAAGGCCGGUGAUGUUCCUUCAUGGAGAAAUUGGCUCUCCUCAGUUUAAUUACAGAAAAAGCCUCCCCCUCAUCAAUUUAGGGCGUACAAAACAGUGAUGACAUCUAAGCCACAGCUGAAAGGUCAGAGUUAGACAUGAGGCUGCUAAGCCAUUAAUAAGUGGGUUUGCAGAAUGCAUCACUCGAUUAGGGUUUAACUUCUGUGGCUCAGACUGAGAAAACCAGACACUCUGAAGAAUCUUUUAAGACGACAAAAACUCCCAAGAACUUGACCACUGAUGAUGAUCCAAAGCAUCCAGCCUUUCCCAGUUUCAAAGCGUGGCCAUUUAUGUGCACCUUUGGGUUUCAUUCCAUACAAGCCCCUUUUUCAGAACCCAAAUCCUGUACAGAUAAAAACUUAAGAUGUAAAUAAAUCCCCCCCCCCAAAUGCAGUCCCCUAAGCCUUGGGCAGCCACUCUUGAACACCUGAGAGGAAAGGCGGCCCACUUAUUAGAAGCCUCUGAUAACCAAAGCUAAGACUUCUGCUGGUAAGACUUGCAGGCUUUGCAAUGAAGCAGCUCUCUGGUUGAGAGACCCCCAGGCAGCAGAGGAAAGAUUGUCAAAGUGGAUUGAGAGGGCAAGAUCACUGGUCAUCUUCAAUCGGAGGGAGUCAAACCUUUUCUCAGUAUGUAAUAUGAUACUUUCCCUUACAAUAAAAUUCCCAAUUCUGGUCCAAAAGGUUUUGUUAAUCUCUUGAGACCAAACCAAACACAUCAUCCUCUACUUCAGGGGUCCCCAACCCCUGGUCCGUGGACCAGUACCGGGCCACGGCAUGCCAGCAACUGGUCCGCACAAACAAGCAAAGCCCCAUCCACAGGAUGCAGGCAGCACACAAAACCAGGCCCACUCCGGUCCACGCAAAAACCUCUCUCCACAGAACCGGUCCCGGGUGCCCAAAAGGUUGGGGACCUCUGCUUUAUUUAACUCUCCAAAUCCACCAUUGCAUGCUCAAAGAUAAAUUAAAAUUUUAGAGGCAUAUGAGUGAACACAAGUAUAAAGAUACUUGCUAGAUAAACAUUUUAAAACUUUAUUCUGCAUUUUGCAGAUAAGGAGAAAAAAAUAUCAAAACUUAAAACUUUUAAGUAAGCACUAAUAAGAGCUCUUAUACCUUGCCAUGGUUUAGAUUUUAUGGACCUGUGUUUCUAUUUUAUGCAUUACCCAGAGACCUGGAUUUACUGAUUAAUUCAAAGUACAAUAAAUUAUUUUAAAAAUCAAA